AUGUCCGCAACAGAACAAGUCGCUACAGUUGUUGAUACCGAGGAGCAAUUUCUUGCUGAUCUGGAGGCAAGCAAGACGCUGCCUCUGUGGAAGCAGAUGGCACGUCUGAAUCCUCCUGCUCCAAACCCCACCACCAUCCCCAAUAUCUGGAAGUACAAGGCUAUCCGUCCGAACCUUGAGCGUGCCGGCAAGCUUGCCCCAGAAUCGCAAGCAGAACGCCGAGUGUUGAUGCUCAUCAAUCCUGCCCGAGAUGCACCUUACACUACUGACACGCUCUACGCCGGUCUGCAGCUGGUUAUGCCCAACGAGAUCGCGCGAGCCCACCGUCACACAGCAUUUGCAAUGCGCUUCAUCAUCGAGGGCCAGGGCGGAUUUACAGCCGUGCAUGGCCGCCGGAUCAAGAUGAAGCGUGGCGAUGUGAUCCUGACCCCGAGAUGGAACUACCAUGAUCAUGGUAAGGACGGAUCCGGGCCAAUGGUUUGGCUGGAUGGAUUGGAUCUUCCCAAUUUUCGACACUUCCCAGUACAUUUUGUCGAGCAUUAUGAUCAGCCGCGCUAUCCUGCAGAGGAUGUGGAUAGUCUUACAUCUCCGUUGGUGUUCCCCUGGACGGAGAUGCAGGCGCGAUUGGAUGCCGUUCCCGGUGACUUUGCGACUCAUCGAUAUUUGAAGGACGAUGGCAGUGAAGUUAGUCGUGUUCUUGGUGGUUGUGCUGAACGCAUUUCGGGUGCCAAAUCUUCACCCUCUCGUCGCGAGACUGCCUCUUCUGUUUACCACGUCGUCACUGGUACUGGAUACUCUGUUAUUGGAGACGAGAAGUAUAUCUGGGAGGCAGGCGAUACUUUCUGUAUCCCUGCAUGGUACAAAUAUCAGCACUUUGCCGAUCAAGGAGAAGCGGUGUACCUGUAUCGAUUUGAUGAUCGACCCAUGUUGGAGGCGCUGGGAUUUUAUCGCACAGAUGAAAUGGAUAUUGAAUCCCUAGUAUCGGAGUAG